CCUCCUCCCAGCGGCCCCCCUCCCUCUCUCAUCCCCACCUUGGACAGCAGUGGGCAUCCAGGUGGAUAUGAUGGCCGUCCCGUUCCACCAUACCCCUUCCCCACAGGUGGUUUCCCUCCUCCUAUGACAGGUGGCUACCCUCCUCCUAUGCCAGGUGUGGUGUCUCCAUGGCCUCCUAUGAUGGACCAGUCUAAACAGUGGGACUACUACCCUCCAGGACCGGGACCAGGACCAGGACCCAGACGGGAGGACAAGAGGGAGAAGGAGAGAGAGAGACCCAGGGAGAGACCACAUGAGAGGGAGAGAGAGAGGGAGCACAGCCCUUCCACUAUGGCUUACAACAGUGAUGAGGAGCGGUACCGCGGUUACCGGGAGUACCAGGCGGAGCGUGGCUACAGCGGCGGUGACCGUGGAGGAGGUGACCGUGGAGGGGGGGAGCGUGGAGGCGUAGACCGUGGGGGUGAUCGUGGAGGGGGAGCGUGGUGGUGACCGUGGCAGUGGUGGUGAGCGUGGUGGUGGUGGAGGGGAGCGUCACAGAGAGAGGUCGAGCCGUGAGAAGGAGGAGAGACACAGAGAGAGAAGACACAGAGAGAAGGAGGAGGGGAGACACAAGUCAUCACGCAGUAGCAGCAGGAGGAGACAUGAUAGUGAAGAAGGAGACGGGCACAGGAGACACAAACACAAGAAGAGCAAGAGAAGCAAGGAGGGCAAGGAACCUAGUGAUGACAUGGGAGGAGACCAGGAGAACCAGGACACCAUGGAGUGAUGAA